AUCUUUGCAAUCCAUGGUCUAGGAGGUGAUAAGUUUCGAACUUGGACGGAUAAUGGGAAGCUCUGGCUCCGAGAUCUUCUUCCCGAGCAGCUCCCCGAAGCCAGAAUAUUCACAUACGGAUACGAUUCUACCGUAGCCUUCUCAAAAUCUUCAGCGGAGGUCGAUGAUUUUGCACGAGACUUCCUUCAUCGUGUCAACUCGGUCCGCAACAGUAACGCAGAGCAAACACGACGGGUCGUGUUCAUCUGCCAUAGUUUGGGAGGAUUGUUGUUCAAGCAGGCAUUGGUACUCUGCAACAAUGACCAAAAAUACCGACAUCUACUGGAGAGAAUUCAUGGCGUUGUCUUCAUGGGAACCCCUCAUGGAGGCUCUGAUAUCGCUUUCUGGGCGUCAUACGCUGGGAACCUCAUCAACGCCGUCAGCUUUGGUACGAGAACCAACAAAGAUCUACUAGGUGUCCUUCGAAAAGACUCAUCGUUUCUGGGAUCGUUGUCACAAAAGUUUGUUCUUCAAUCUCGAUUCAUGCAUAUACUCAGCUUCUACGAGACUGAGAAGUUCCCUUUGCUGAAUUGCCGCGUAAGCAAAAACCCCACUCGUUCCUUUGAGCGCUUCUGA